AUGCUCAUAUCCUCAGCAACCAUCGACCCACCGAGCCAGAAACUACCCCCGCCGCGCUCGCUCGGCUCGCUUCCGCCAGAGGUUCUGCAUGAAUAUGUCGAGUACCUGCGCACCCUCUAUAUGCCGUCUGUCCGAGGCUCUAAGAUCCUGCGGCGGACCCUCGAGGUUUCCGAUGGACGUACCGGGGUGGAAAUCCAGAGGGCUGAGGGCAACGGGAGAAAAAAUGUCAGCGGAAACGACGACCGUGAUGAGGUUGAGGAUGAGGGUGACCCGUACACUGCGCUACGCACCGACGCAUUCGAGCGUACGCAUGCCCUGCGCUGGCUUUCCUACCUCACCACCCGUUUCCCCGACACGCCCGCCGCGGCCUCCCUCCUCGCGAAUCUCGCUGGGCCAGGUGGCAGCGGGCCCAUGACGCGUGUCCUGCCGUUGUACCGUCAUGCGAGCGCCGGCGGCUGGAAAAGGAUGGCACUGACAGUGACGGUCAGGGACAUGCCCCUGUCGGAUGGACUCGAAAGCGCUGGGGUACAGACGUGGGGCGGGGCGUGUGUUCUCGCAGAUCUCAUGUCGCGCGAUCCGGCGAUCUUCAGGCUGGGAGGGAGGAGUGAAUCAGGCAAUGAUGCGGAGCCGCUACGUGUCCUGGAACUCGGAUCGGGAACAGGGCUCGUUGGGAUCGCUUAUACCAAGCUUGCUGAGGCCGAGAGUGCAGGAAGGCCGAAAACACGCGUGGUGUGCACAGACUUGUACCCUGCCGUGCUAGAAAACCUCGCGUGGAACGUCACCCAGAACUUUUCUCCUUCCACCUUUGAAUUGGGAUGCGCUACCUCGACGUCGAUAUGUGUUCAUCCGUUGGACUGGGCGGCCUUUACAUCCCCUACAACGCCAUCCUCACCUCAAUCCGCCCCUUCCUUAUGUCCUCUCACCACGCACCUCUCCCCCGGCUUCGAUGUGAUCCUUGGCGCUGACAUCGCUUACGAACCACCCCAUGCCGCCUGGAUCUACGCCGCCGUCCGCGCCAUGCUGCGGCGGUCCCCAGACGCGCUGUUCCACCUGGUCAUGCCGCUGCGGCCGACGCAUGCGGUCGAAUGUGAGGACGUCGAGCGCACUUUCGGCAUGAGGACUAGCCGGACUGGGGAUGGAGAGCAGCUGGUGGUGCGGAGGAAAGAACGCGUGGUGUGCGCUGUUGGGGACGGUGGCCAGCAGCAGGUCGUAUAUGCGUACUAUCAGAUUGGGUGGGGCUUUCGGGCGGGAGUUUCACACGAUUCUUGA